GAAAAUAAACGCAGCACUUGUCAUAAAAUAUCUAGAGAACGAAUUAUUUAUGACUUUUGGAGUUCCGGAGACAAUUGUUUCCGAUAAUGGAUCCCAGUUUCGCUCAGAAGCCUUUCAAAAGCUGUUGCGUCAGUACGAAGUAAAUCACGUGCUGACCGCAGUUCACUCGCCACAAGCAAACGCCUCAGAACGAGUAAAUAGGUCGGUUAUAUCUGGAAUUAGAGCUUACUUGCGCCCUGAUCAGAAAGAUUGGGACGAAGUGUUGUGCAAAAUCAGCUGUGCAUUAAGGUCCUCUAUUCACUCUAGUAUAGGAACCUCGCCCUAUUACAUGGCGUUUGGACAGCAUAUGAUCACUUCUGGGUCAACUUACGGAUUGCUAAGGAAGCUAAAUUUGCUGGACGAUCGCUCUUUAGCGUUUAAUCGGCAGGACUCGUUUGACUUAAUUCGCGAUGAAGCCUCUAAACUCAUGUUAUUAAAGCACGAGCAAAACGAACGGAAGUAUAAUCUUCGUUCGAGAGAAGUUUCUUUUACUACCGGGCAAGAAGUGUACAGAAGGAACUUUAAGCAAAGUUGUUUUCAAACCGGGUACAACGCUAAGUUUGGGCCCGCCUUCGUUAAAGCACGAGUGAGGAGGAAGAUAGGCAACUCGUAUUAUGAAUUAGAGGAUCUGCAGGGCCGGUUGUUGGGAAAUUAUCAUGCUAAGGACAUACGGCAGUAAGUUUGCUUCAGGCGGAGUCAGUCUAGGGUACCAUUACAAUACCCUAGCCUGAUUCUAGCGGGGGGGAUUUUGUAACGACGCCUGAAGCAGAUAUAUAUCAAAUGCGUCCUAAAAGUAUGCAAGAAAUUUCAACUAAGGGCGCAGCUUUAAGUGCAUCAGCUGCGCUGUAAAGCCGAGCUUUAAGUAGUGCAUCAGCUGCACUGAAAAGCUCACAUUUGACGUUUAGCGAGUUGCACUGGAAAGCUCAGCUUUGACGUUUGUGUCACCACGCGCAUGCGCGGCUAGCUUAAGCUAGGCUGAUUCCGGUCAAAGCACUUUUCUGGUGACCGGCAGCGUGCAUAGACGCAUAUUGGUUGGUGUAAAAAUUUAUACCACAAGACACAAGAGGUUAGAAUUCUCUUAGUGCAUUUUGUACUUGGUCGUUUUCGAAAUUUU